AUGGCGGUGUCUCAGAGUAGAGUUAGUACUUGGAGCAGUAAACAGGUGUCUGGCUGGCUGAAGCAGGAGGGGUUUGGGCAGUAUGUGGAGCUGCUGUGUUCUAAACACCGUGUGGAUGGCCCCAGCCUGCUGACUCUAGGGGAGGCUGACCUGCGUGAACCCCCUCUGGGCCUCACUGUGCUGGGGGACAUCAAGAGGCUGGCCCUGGCCCUGCGGAGGCUCCAAAGACAGAACCAGGAGCAACUGGAGGAGCUGGGGAUAGGGUUAGGGGGAUUAGGGGCUGCUGCUGGGGGACACAGGGCCUGGGAGCGUGUGUGUAACGGGGCAGGGCGCCGUCAGGUGGACUGUGGGGUCUCAGGGUCAUGGUCAGGGUCGCGACCCCGGUCAGGGACGGAGUUAGAAGAAGACCAGUGCCACAUUCACUCCACUGGGGACAGGAAGUGCCUUCUAGGGCGUCUGGACCCAGAGCUGUGGAAGACAGUAGUCAGCUCUGUUUACGUCAUGCUCGUCUUCGGAUUCACCUCCUUCGUCAUGGUGAUCGUCCACGACCGCGUUCCCGAUAUGACAACUUACCCGCCACUGCCCGACAUCUUCCUGGAUAGUGUACCCAGAAUCCCUUGGGCUUUUGCGAUGGCGGAGGCUUGUGGUCUAAUCCUAGUUUACAUCUUCCUGUUGGUGCUACUACUACACAAACACAGGUCUAUCAUAUUGCGGCGUCUGUGUUCUCUGAUUGGAACAGUGUUUCUGCUGCGUUGCGUCACCAUGUUUGUUACCUCCCUCUCUGUACCUGGACAACACCUACAGUGCUCCAGUAAGAUGUAUGGUGAUACGUGGUCUAAGGUCCAGAGGGUGUUAGCUAUAUGGAGUGGCUUUGGCAUGACGCUGAAUGGAGUGGAUACCUGUGGAGAUUACAUGUUCUCUGGUCACACUGUGGUACUCACCAUACUCAACUUCUUCAUCACAGAGUAUACUCCUCGUAGCUGGCACCUGAUCCACACCAUCUCCUGGGUACUGAAUCUGUUUGGUAUCUUCUUCAUCCUGGCGGCUCAUGAGCACUACUCCAUAGAUGUGUUCAUCGCUUUCUACAUCACCACCAGGCUGUUCCUGUACUACCACACUCUGGCCAACACCAGGGCCUUCCAACACAGCCGCCGCGCUCGGAUCUGGUUUCCCAUGUUCUCCUUCUUCGAGUGUAACGUCAACGGCCCUGUUCAUAACCAGUACAACUGGCCCUUCAGCGGGCCUGCCUGUAUGAAGACACUGAUUGGAUAA